AGCCUAAGAAAUCUAGAGUGAUUUUCACGGCUUAGUUUUCUAAUCUUACACAAACAACAAACCCGGAAGCGAAAAAAAAAGAGAAACAUUUUGACUGACAAAUAAUUAUGGAGAUACAGAUUGUAAAAGCUGGAUGGCUGCAAAGAAAAAGUACGGUUUUACAUCGCUGGAAGAAGAAUUGGUUUGUGUUGUACAGGUCAGGAGAGUUGGCAUACUUUGAGUCACAAGAUAAACAUCAGGCGGAGGGAAGGUUUAUUGUCUGUGCAUUAUGUAUAGGCAUCAAAACUAGCGGAGAUUGUGAAUUCAGUGCACCGGAAGGCUAUGGCAAGCAGUGUCUGUUGUAUCUACAGUUGCGUAAUGAUGAAGAUCUGAAAUUGUGUGCUGAAUCCCCAGAUGAUAUGAGAGCCUGGCAGAUAGCGCUUGAAGAAGCCAGGACAAUGAACAGGACUGGAGAGAUCGCAGCACCUCCAGGGGUGGCUGUACCCCCAGGGGCACAGGUUGUCUACCCACAAACAUUCACACAUGGCUAUCCUGGUCAGAUAAUAGCAGCCCCUGGACAGUAUGUGGUGAGAGAUGCUUCAGGAGGUGGAACUGUUGUCAUGGGGAACCAGCCAGGUCAGGUGGUUUGUGUCCGGGAACCAUAUUACUACCGCAGGGGAUACUACUCUCCCCUCAUCAUGGGACCAGUCUUGUGGUGGUGAGCAGUGUGUUGGAUGUAACCAUAGCAACAGUGUAAACAACUUGCAUACUGUAAAUGUCUAUAAGGUCAGGAUAAAAAUGUGUAAUAUUUUGCACCAAGACUGCAAUGUCCAUGUAAGGAAGGAAAAGAGUGUAAUGUACUGUUGCUGAAUACUUUUUUUUUUUUUUGAUAUUCCAUUGACAUAGUGUUAUGUUUUUAUGUUGUAUUCUUAUAUUUUUGAUAUUCUUUAGGUAGAUCUAUUGAGAUCUUUGAAUGUUUUUCUAAAUGAUUUAUGUGUGAGAUUAUGACUGGAAACAGCAGCCCAGUUUUCUCUUUUUGUAUAUUUAGCCCAGAACCAGCUAGUGGUUCAGGGCAAGCUGUUAGUACACAUGGAUUGUGUCUGUGUCGGCCAUCAUCUCCAACAAUUUUGCUUAGACAGCUUCCUCUGAAACAACUUGUCAGAAUUACAUCAAACUUGGCAGGUAGCAUAUUGGCCAUGCAUCUUCCUCUUAUUUAUUGUAAUCAUUUUGCUUGACUGCAGUUAGGGGUUGCCAGGGUUGAAAAUAGAAAAAAUCUAAAAGACUUCUUCUAAUGAACCACAUGAUGAAUCUCGACAAUACUUGGUCUAUAUCAUCGUUGGAUGUGAUUUUCUUAAUUGCUUUCAAAUUCUUUUUCUUGACUGCAAUUAGGGGUUACCAGACCUAAAAGCAGAACAUCAACUUCUUUUGGUUUGCUUGAUGAAUCUUCAACAAAUUUGGCCAGAAGUAAGAUAAAAAGGUCAUGGACAGGUGAACAGUAUAGGGCUUACAUGGCACCUUUCUAUAUUCAAUAUAUUUCACCAGUUUUGUUUCAGUCAUGAAAUUCUUGUUCUCCCCUGCCAUGACUGAUAUAUAAUUUUGGUGCAAAGAAGUUGUGGUUGUUCCAUUUUCAUAUUAUGUAUAUAUAUAUUUUUUAAAAAUGGGAAAAAAGAUGCAUUUAAAUGUCAUGCAAUUCUCUUUUCUGCUGAUUCUAGUCAUAAAGUGAUGAUAUUUGAAUGUUAAAGGUUUUGUCCAUUUUGAGCAGAUAUAGAUAAGGUUGUGCAUUAUUCGUGAUUUAUUUUUCUUGCAUAUCGGACAGGAUUUCAGCGUUUUUUUGGUGCAGCUGGAAAAAACUCGUCUGAUACCCAAGAUGUAAGAUGACUCUCAUGCUGCAAUUUAUAUUGAUAUAAAAAAAUUCAUAAAUCCACAUGAUGCUAUGAUAAAAAUAGUUCUUAAAAGAAAAGUAUUUAUUUUAUUACAAUUUUGCUAUUAUUUGGAGAAUUAUGAUAUGCAAGAAAAAAAUCCAUCACAAGUUUUAUGUGUGGAUAGAAAUAUCCAGUUCUUGGACAUUUGUUUUUGUGGUAACUCGGCAAAGCCUCAUUAUAACCUAAACAAUGUUAGUUUACUGUCAUGAUAUGCAAUUAGAUGUUGAAAAGUUUUGUCUAUGUUUUACGUUAUAUGUGGAAAAAUAAAAGUAUUUCCUUUCUGCAAUACUUGUUCAAUGUGUGUAUUAUAACGCAAUUUCAAUUGAUAACUGUUUUAAAAUAUUAAAGGGGCUUGCAUUUUGAGUAGUUUGAAAUAUUACUGUAUUUUUGUGCACUUUAGCCUAAUGAUUAUAUACAUGUACAGGUAGUGGACCUGUGUUGACACCUGGCAAUUUACGUGUGAUUACAUAUUCUCAUAAUGCAACUUGGCAGUUUACGUGUGAUUACAUAUUCUUAUAAUGCAACUUGGCAGUUUACAUGUGAUUACAUAUUCCCAUGAUGCAACUCGGCAUUUUUCAGACGUUAAGGAGCUCAGCGUGCAAAUAUUUUUCCUCGAAAACGUGAAUAUACGAAAAUAAAUCGCUUUUGAAGAAUACAUAAUUUGCUGAUGGUCAUUACUGAUCCACUACCUUAAUGAUAUAAUAUGUAAAUAUAAAAAUAUGCAAUCCUACUAUAAUUUACUGUAACAUUUUCUAACCUCAUGAAAAUGUCAUCUAUCGUUGUCACUAUAUGCUAUUCUUGUGUUAUUUAAUGAUGUAAUUCUCUCUGUGAUAUAAAUUCAUGUACAGCAUUAUUUCUGGAGCCAGAUCAUGAUAUAGUGCAAAUUUGUUACCAUUAUUCAGUAACAUAUGUAAUAAAAAAUAAUUAUAAGUGUAGAUGCAUUUGUUUAAAGAUUAUUAGAUUUGUAAAAAGAAGUAUGCAAUUGUUCUUUUGGUGAAUGAUGCAGUGCUCCUAGAGUCGCGCAAUAUUUAUGCUACAGAACCCGUGCAUAUUUCUAGAUACAAAUCCAUUUUUGACCUUCAGUUUGACUAUGAUGCCUAACUUCUUAAUAUUAUUAACAUUUUUACAUGAAUUUAGUUUUUAAUUGUAAUAAAGCAGUUUAAUAUAUAUACAUUUACUGAAUGGCUUAUUGGUCAAUAGUAAAAACUAUUGCAUGAGAUCAGAAGGACCAGGGGUCAAUAGGUUUUGUCAUUUGACUGGCAAGCCAUUCAAAAAGGUGUUUUAUUACAGAACAUCAGAAAUAGAUUUCAUUUAACUAUUUUUUUCAAGUUUUGACUUUUGCCCAACAAAAUACAUGGUGGUGAACUAUUGACUGGUUAUAUUGCACAAACUGUGGACUGGCGAUUUAUAAAUGGAGUCAUGGAAUAAAAAAUCUUAAUGACAAUAGGUCUUUAAGGAUAACAUGGUGUAAUAGCCAUAUUUCAUAUCUUGUAACUGGAUGGUAAUAUUUAAACGAAAUUUGGUCACUUUAAAGACUUUCAAAAUUAAAAAUGUUUCACCGAGAGAUUUUUCAAAUUUUGUCAUUUUUUGGGGAGAUAAUCGGUAUUGAAGUUAACAUUGAUGCCUAUGGGAAAUAUAUAAUUUCUUUAAUUAUGAGAAUCUGAACUUGGAUUUCGAGAAACUUUUGCGGUAGAAAGCUGCAUUAUAUGAUUCUGAUACAAAUAUCAAAAAGAAAUCUAAAAUUCCCCGUAGGAGAAAGGGAGAAAAUCAUUUUUUCUAGUUUUCAGGGGAGAUAAUUCAUGAAAACCCAAAAUUAUCAGGGGAGGUAAUGUACAGAAAAUUUUUGAUAACAUCUGUCACUAUAUAUCUUGUCAAUUAUGCACCUUUUUUCUAUCGUUUGACAUUUUUAAAGCUUACAUUAUCAAGUUGUAUGUAUGCUUUUGGUGAAAUUGUGGCCUAUUACACCAUGUUAUCCUUAAGUAAUUUAUUUACAUAUAUUAAAUGAAUAUUUUUUGAAGGGCAGAAGCAUAUUAGGGUAAAAUCAAGAAUUUGCUGUUUGAAACUUUUUGUUAUUUGUGCCAUUCUUGUCUGUACUGGUCUGUCAAUGUACUUACUGUAAAUUUAUUUUUGAAAUGCAUUACAUGUUGAUUUUUAUGCCGUCUGUGUUGGAGGGCAUAUAGUGUUUGAACUGUCCGUCCAUCACACUUUCUUGUGUAAUCACCCCUCCAACAGUUUUCAUCCAAUUCAAAUGAAACUUGGUAAAUAUCUUCUGCAUGAAGUGGAUAUUGGCAUACUGUUUGUACUGAUAAUUACUGUUCAUCUAAAUUAUGUUUGAAACUUUGAAUUUCCUUUUUGUUCUGUCAUAGAUGAAUUAGCAAAAAAUGCUGCUGAAAAUUUGCAUAAAUGUGUGUUUUGCAGCCUCUGACAGCUCUGAAAAAUUUCAUCACUACAAAAUAUGCUAUCAACAAAGUUAUGAUAACAUUUUAUGAGAAGUCUAAGCUUAAGACUAAAACAUUGUUGAAUAUGAGCCUUGAGCAUUGUGUUAUCAAUGCCUCAUACAGUUUAAAUUUAACCUAAUUGAAACUUGAUAUAAGGCAUCAAAUUGAAUAUGAAUAUGACAAGGGAAGAUAAUCUGGACAUUGAAGUCAGAUUAUAAUAUAUUGAGUUAUGCCCCUUUAACAGAACAAUUUUACAACAACAUCUGUACCUUGUGUACUUAUCUUCUCCUACAGUUUUCUUCCAAUUCAAAUGAAACUUAUAGGUAAACAUGAUCAACACUAAGUGGAUAAGCAGGAGUAUUGUCACUUGAUUGUCAGAUUUGUUUUAGUUUGUCCCUCUGGACUAUUCUGUCUAGCAUUUUCAGGGGGCAUGUGUACAGUGUUAACACCAUUCUUGUUUAUGUUAAGUUUGAUUUUAAGCCAUUUCUGUAAAUACUGAAAAUAAAAUUUAAUGCUUCAUAA